ACUUGCGAAACUGGGAAAGCGCGGAAAACUUUGCAGAAAGGCGCGAAAGCUCGGAAGAAGACCGUGAGGAAGCGAAGCUCUGAAGCGAGCGAAACUUGAACCCUCACGCACUUCAAACAUCAGUUGUGUGUUGUGUGGGUGCCAAGUGAGUUCAUAUUCAGCCCAAGAUAUACGUAAUACCAAUUCGAUCGCCAGUGCCAGGGACAAGUGUGACGAACUUUGGUGACAAUCCAAUGCCAACGAUCAGAGAGUGAGAGAGACAGGUGGAAGAAAAAAGUUCCGAAACUCGGUGGAAGAUCGGGAAAGACGAGAAGUUCUCGUGGCCACGAAUGGCAAUAGUGAUAUUUUAGAUCCACCAACGAUCUGCCUUGGGGUGGUGGUAAAUGGCUCGAAUAGAUUGGAGACUGUCAAAUUUAGAUCCGACGACCAAUCCUGGAUUCCUCAAGGCUAAAGAAAGUCAGUGCGAGCGCCGUGCUCUCUUGGAAUUGGAUCAGGGAGUCUCGUAGCAGGAUCCUCAAAGAAAUAACAUAAAAUGGACCCACUCACCCAAAGUUCCGUGGAGCCCAUAGUCCAGGGCCUGUCCGCCCUGACGGGCCUAGGCGCCAAAGGCAACCAUUCGAGCAUGGGCGAUUUGCUGACAUCGGUGCAAUUGGCCGCGAAUGGAUCGUCGUCAAUGUCCAGUGAAACCAAUGGAUUCGGGUCUAACGAGUCUGUGUGCACAAAUUUGUCUACGGACACGGUAUCGGAACAUUGUCGAUUCUGGAUCCAAGGCAUUCUCCUCUGCGCUGUGGGCGUUAUUGGCAUGAUUGGCAACACGGUCAGUAUUGUGGUCUUGUCACGCCCAGAGAUGCUAUCCGUGUUCAAUCAAAUCCUUAUCGUGAUGACUGCCUUUGACACGAUUUACUUGCUGACAGCCAUCGCGGAGUUCUCAUUUGUUGAGAGCUUCCAUCUGACCUCUGAGUGGUACGAUCUGUUGUUUGUUUACUUCUUGUACCCACUCCACAACAUCACCCUGUGCUGUUCCAUCUACUCCCACGUGGUUUUGGCCUUUGAGCGUUACUUGGCCGUCUGCCACCCUGAAAUGGUGUAUUCCACUCAGACGCGAACGCCACAUCAAAGAACACACGCUGGAAAUGGUUACGCUUCCGGAGGAAGAAGGCGAAGACGAAGACGAAAUCCCGCCUACUCGGUCGUCAGAAAAAAGGUUCUGAUCUACAUAAUCCCUGUGGUCUUUUUCUCAGUGGUAAUUAACUUUUCUCGUUGGUUCGAGCUGAAGGUCGAAGAAUACCACCUUCCUUUGAGCGAGAACCAGAGCGCUGAAUUGGGGAGCAAUUACACGGUGGUCUUGGGCAUCGCGGGCACCUGGCUUCGCUACAAUCAGUAUUAUGUCACCUAUUACCUCCACUGGACCAUUCUUUUGGCCACGGGUAUCUUCCCUUUGGUGGCCUUGGCCUUUCUGAACACCCGAAUCUACUUGAGGAUCAAAGAGGUCCAAAAAGUUAGGACCAAUUUGCAAGCAAGGAAUGAGCCCAAUUAUGGCGCCACUCUAGCCUCCAUAAUCAUCAUCUUCAUCAUUUGUCACAUGCCGAGAAUCAUCAAGACCAUCUUUGAGAUCGUGAUCACGAACCAAAUCAUCGCCAGUGGAGAGCACUGCAAUGGGAUCAAUCCGGCCAAAUGUCUUUCGAAUUUCAACAAUUUCAUCCUCACCCUGAACGCUGCGUCCUCGUUCUUGAUUUAUUGCUUUGUCGGGAGUUUUGGAACGAAAUUUGCUGAGGUACUCACCUCCUGCUGCCGGAAACAAGAAUCGGUUUGCCUGGUGGACAGCGACAGUCAGAACUAUCGGAUGAGGAAGAUCCACAGCCCUUCCAAGACCUCUAACAUUAAUCCCAGUGAGGCCAUCGCCAAUGCCAACGAUAUCUCACACGUGUGAAUCCAACAGAAACGAAUUGUUACCUGAGAAUAACUCAACGAAUUGGCAAUGUUCCGUCGUUUGUGAAGCGAAACAGCCUGCCCCAAAACAAAAACUAGUGAUGUUCUCAAAGACAACAUUAGAAAGCGAGAAAAUAAAUUGUUAAUGCUAUUGUGAGCAUGUUUCGUUACAACGUAUAACUUGCUACAAGCUCGAUAUAAUCGGCGUUAUUCAAUAUCAUGCAACUUAUUGUGCAAUAAAGGCUACAUAGUUUUUCUAUAA